CCAAGUUUUGCGCAGCAGUCAAGUACUGUUGUGUGUAAUUAUAAUAAUUAUAUAUUUUCCAAGUUUUUUUUAUAACAUCAAAUCAAGUGUCGUUGUACCUGAGAGUAAAAAUAUUUUGACGAAAUAAUGAGCGCUUUGGAACACUACAAUAGAGAUCAACCUCCAUGGAAAGAAUGUAAAACAGAUUCAAAUAGUCCUGCUAUCAUGCAAAGCUUGGAUAGUUUGUCAACUAGUAAUAAAGACAUGUAUAACUUACCUUAUAGUUGUCCAUCAAAUUAUGGAGAUUUAUCAAUUAAUGGAAUGUCACCUUUAAAUGAAACUAUUGAUAAAAAUUAUUCAAAUUUUUCCGAAAUUUCAAAUAGUUUUUUAUUAAUUGACGAAAAAGAAUAUCUAAAAGUGACGAAUCUUGAAGAAUUUAUUGAAAAACUUGGUUUUACUGAAAAAAAUUUAAAAAUAAAAGUUGUAUCUAUUUUCGGAAAUACUGGAGACGGUAAAUCACACACAUUAAAUCAAACAUUUUUUAAUGGCAAAGAAGUAUUUAAAACUUCAAGUGAACAAAAUUCUUGUACUAUGGGAGUUUGGGCAGCAUUUGAUCCACGACUUGGAGUUAUUUGUUUAGAUACAGAGGGACUUUUGGGUGUAACUGUUCAUGAAAAUGAACGAACACGAUUAUUACUUAAAGUACUUGCUGUUUCUGAUAUUGUUAUUUAUCGUACAAGAUCUGAAAGAUUACACAUGGAUUUAUUCACAUUUCUUGGUGCUGCAUCAAGAGCUUAUAGUUUACAUUUUCAAAGCGCCCUACAAGCUUUAAGUAGAAGAGAAGGAACACUGAAUGCUUCUCGUACACUUGGUCCAAGUGUUAUUUUAUUUCAUGAGACCCGUCACACUCGUAUCUUAACAAACAAUGCAUCAGAAAGUCCCGAAGAUAUUUUACGAAAUCGUUUUACUCAAAUGAGAUUAGAAAUCGAUGCUUUCAGUUCAAUAAAAUACAUUGGUGUACAAACGUUGAAUCCACCAACAAAUUACAAUCCUCUUCGUAUUGCCAUUAAAAAUGAAUUAUACAAUACGACUGUAAGAUCCGCAAGAAAACCCCAACAUGUGUACAAUACUCUAAGAAUAUUAAAUGAUAAAUUUUCUGGAGAACUUGAAAAUAAUUUAAAUCAUCUAUUCUCUGAUCAGUAUUUUACUUGUCAAAUUAGAUGUCGCAGUUGUGAUUGCAGAUGUCGAAAUAGUAUGGGACACCUUCGUGAGGGUAUUCCUCAUUGUAGUGAAACUAGAUGCCGUUAUCAACAUCAGUAUGAAAAUUUGGUAUAUAUUUGCAAAAAAUGUCAUGCAAAUGGUAAUGAAGUUAUAGUAACAAGUCGUACAUUGCCUCAAAAUGACAAUAGUUGGUAUGGAUUAGCGAAGUACGCAUGGUCUGGUUAUGUUAUUGAAUGCCCACGUUGUGGUGAAAUAUAUCGUAGCCGUCAAUAUUGGUAUGGAAAUAAAAAUCCUGAAGAUGCUGCAGUCCGAACUGAAAUUACUCAUGUUUGGAAUAUACCUAAUACAGGACUAUCAAAUCAAAAUGCGGCUCAAAAAAUAAUUGACAGUGUAGCUUAUCUUACUGAAGCUGUUACAAAUGCAUCUAUUCAACCAACAAGAGCAUUAACAUCUUGGGUAGCUGAUCAAGUUGCGCCUACUUAUUGGCGACCUAAUAAUGAAAUACAAAAUUGUCAUCAAUGUAAAGCAUUAUUUAGUCCUUUUGAUACAAAACAUCAUUGUCGCUCAUGCGGUGAAGGUUUUUGUGAUAAUUGUUCAUCUAAAACAAAACCUGUGCCAGCAAGAAAUUGGUUUACAUCUGUACGUGUUUGUGAUGAUUGCUUCUCAAAAGAUAAUAAUUCUAAUGAAACUAGUGCUGAAAUUAUUGAAAGAGAAGAUGUUAGUGUUAGAAAAGUCAGUGAGCAUGUUGUUUCAACUUUAAACGCAUUUGGAACUGUAUUGACUUAUUCAAAGUCGCUAAUUAAAGACACCGUUCGACCAACAUAUUGGGUACCUGAUUCUGAAUUAAUUAAUUGUUGUAUAUGUGAUAAACCAUUUUCGGAUAUUUUACCAUUUCAUCACUGUAGAGAUUGUGGUCGUGGUGUAUGUCAAGAUUGUUCACAACAUCGUAAACCUGUGCCACGUCGUGGUUGGGAUAAACCAGUUCGUGUAUGCGAUUCUUGUGUUAAAAAAGAUUGACCAUAAAAAAAAUUAAUCAGUAAUGGUAAAUAUUAAAAAAUAUUCAUAAUGUUUAAGUACGAAAUUGUUAAGAGUAUUAUUUAUUUUCGUUAUUGAAUUGAAGAAAUAUUUAUGAAUAAUAUUUAAAAAUAAGAAAAUAAUUUUUGAUUCUAUUUUUCUUUCUUUUCAUGUUCUUGAGAUUAAAAAAAAAAAAAAAAAAACAAAUACAAAGAGAGAAGUGCCAUAAGUGGAAUUUAUUUUUAAAUUAAACAUAACCAAUUUAACUAUCAAUUUGUUCAUGUGUUUUUAAUAAAAAAUUAAUUUAUUAUAAAAUGCGUGAUUGAUAAAUAUAUUAUAAAUUAUAAAUAAUUUAUAUUUAUCUGAUACUAUUACUGAUGUAAUAAAAAUAUUUUAUAAUAGUAUUUUUUAUUGCAAUGCAAUCUAUACUCGGCUGUGAAUUGACUAUCGAAAGCGCAUUUUUAUCAACUGUCAGAAAUACGAAGCACGUUAAGUACAUUCCAUUGUUUAUGUAUUUACAUCUUUGUAGUUUUAUUUCUAAAUUUAAAUAAAAAUAAUGUAUUGAUUGUC